AUGUUGCUGCUUCGAAGAUCGCUUUCUACUGCAUCAUCGUUGAUAGGUAGGGAAUUGUAUCAGGUGCGUCAAAAACGAAACGAGCGAUUCUCUGAUUUCGCAUUCCUAAAAAAUCUGGGUAACGGUUUAAGCUUCCAGGGUGAGUCCGUAGUUCGCCUUAUUCUCAAAGACGUCAAACGCCGAAAUGCUCUUUCAUUGGAGAUGAUUGAAGCACUCACGAAGGAAUUGGAAGGGGUCAACACAAUUCCUAAGGUCCGAUCUGUAAUCCUAACCUCAGAAGGGCCCGCGUUUUCUUCCGGUCACGAUCUUCGGGAGUUGAAAGCCGAAGCUGGUUUUGAUUUGCAUCAGAAGAUUUUUGAGCAUUGCGGAAAUCUCAUGUUGUUGAUACGUCGUAUGGAGAUACCGGUUAUCGCUGAGGUUCGAGGUAUAGCAGCCGCAGCUGGAUGCCAGUUGGUGGCAUCGUGUGAUGUCGUCGUUGCGUCCGAUACCUCCAAAUUUGUCGUUCCUGGGUGA